GGCGGUGGCGGCACUUGGAAGGCACCGCGACUGCAGCUGCUGAGGUCAGCAGGCUCGUGGAGGGGUGACUGGAGCGCGGGCGACUCCCGGAGGCUUUCGCUCUCUCACGGGCUGCACCGGGCAGACCUCGCCUCUGGCUUCCCCAGCAUGCGGCCGCACCCGGGGAGCGACUGCGGGUGCGGGGCCUAGGGAUGAUCUUCCCCGUUGCCCGCUACGCGUUCCGGUGGCUGCAACAGCCCGGAGGCCGUGCCUUGUCCCGCGCCGCCAUGCAGGUGGCCUUCCGAGGUGUGCGGAAAGUCCUCUGUGUGGCUGAGAAAAACGACGCGGCCAAAGGGAUCGCCGACUUGCUGUCCAACGGUCGCAUGAGGCGGAGAGAAGGACUUUCUAAAUUCAACAAGAUCUAUGAAUUUGAUUAUCACCUGUAUGGCCAGAAUGUUACCAUGAUAAUGACUUCGGUUUCUGGACAUCUUCUGGCUCAUGAUUUCCAGAUGCAGUUUCGAAAAUGGCAGAGUUGCAACCCCCUUGUCCUCUUUGAAGCUGAAAUUGAAAAGUACUGCCCAGAGAAUUUUGUAGACAUCAAGAAAACUCUGGAACGAGAGACGCGACAGUGCCAAGUUCUCGUGAUCUGGACUGACUGUGAUAGAGAAGGUGAAAACAUCGGGUUUGAGAUUAUCCAUGUGUGCAAGGCUGUGAAGCCCAGUCUGCAGGUUUUGCGAGCCCGUUUCUCUGAGAUCACACCCCGUGCUGUUAGGACAGCCUGUGAAAACCUGACUGAACCUGAUCAGAGAGUGAGUGAUGCUGUGGACGUGAGGCAGGAGCUGGACCUGAGGAUUGGAGCUGCUUUCACCAGAUUCCAGACCCUGCGGCUUCAGAGGAUUUUCCCUGAGGUGCUGGCAGAGCAGCUCAUCAGUUACGGCAGCUGCCAGUUCCCUACACUGGGCUUUGUGGUAGAGAGGUUCAAAGCCAUUCAGGCUUUUGUGCCAGAAAUCUUCCACAGAAUUAAAGUAACUCAUGACCACAAAGAUGGCAUCGUAGAAUUCAACUGGAAAAGGCAUCGCCUCUUUAACCACACAGCUUGCCUUGUUCUCUAUCAGUUGUGUAUGGAGGAUCCCAUGGCAACUGUGGUGGAGGUCAGAUCUAAGCCCAAGAGCAAAUGGCGGCCUCAAGCUUUGGACACAGUGGAGCUUGAGAAGCUGGCUUCUCGAAAGUUGAGAAUAAAUGCUAAAGAAACCAUGAGGAUUGCUGAAAAGCUCUACACUCAAGGGUACAUCAGCUAUCCUCGAACGGAAACAAACAUUUUCCCCAAAGACUUAAACUUGACAGUGUUGGUGGAACAACAGACCCUGGAUCCACACUGGGGGGCUUUUGCCCAGAGCAUUCUGGAACGGGGCGGCCCCACCCCACGCAAUGGGAAUAAGUCUGACCAAGCUCACCCUCCCAUUCACCCCACCAAAUACACCAACAGUUUGCAGGGAGACGAGCAACGGCUGUAUGAGUUUAUUGUUCGCCAUUUCCUGGCUUGCUGUUCCCAGGAUGCACAGGGGCAGGAGACCACCGUAGAGAUUGACAUUGCUCAGGAACGCUUUGUGGCCCAUGGCCUCAUGAUUCUGGCCCGAAACUAUCUGGACGUGUAUCCAUAUGACCAUUGGAGUGACAAGAUCCUUCCUAUCUAUGAGCGAGGCUCCUGCUUUCAGCCCAGCACUGUGGAAAUGGUGGAUGGGGAGACCAGCCCACCCCAGCUGCUCACUGAGGCUGACCUCAUUGCCCUCAUGGAAAAGCACGGCAUUGGUACUGAUGCCACUCAUGCGGAGCACAUUGAGACCAUCAAAGCCCGGAUGUAUGUGGGGCUUACUUCAGACAAGCGGUUCCUCCCUGGACACCUGGGCAUGGGACUUGUGGAAGGUUAUGAUUCCAUGGGCUAUGAGAUGUCCAAGCCCGAUCUCCGGGCUGAGCUAGAAGCUGAUCUGAAGUUAAUCUGCGAGGGCAAAAAGGACAAAUUUGUGGUUUUGAGGCAGCAAGUACAGAAAUAUAAGCAAGUUUUCAUUGAAGCGGUGGCUAAAGCAAAGAAGUUGGACGAGGCCUUGGCCCAGUACUUUGGAGAAGGAGCAGAGGUGGCCCAGCAGGAAGAGAUCUACCCAACCAUGCCAGAGCCCAUCAGGAAGUGCCCACAGUGCAAUAAGGACAUGGUCCUCAAGACCAAAAAAAGUGGCGGGUUCUACCUCAGCUGCACAGGUUUCCCAGAGUGCCGCUCGGCCAUGUGGUUUCCUGACUCGGUGCUGGAGGCCAGCAGGGACAGCAGUGUGUGUCCGGUUUGUCAGCCGCAACCUGUGUACAGGUUGAGGUUGAAGUUGAAGCGGGGUAGCCUUCCCCCAACCAUGCCUCUGGAGUUUGUUGGUUGUGUCGGUGGAUGUGAUGAGACCCUGAGGGAAAUUCUGCACCUGAGAUUUUCACGGGGCCCCCCCAGAGCCAGCCAGCCCUCUGGCCAUCUGCAGGCGAGCCAGUCCCUGAACAGGAUGGACAGCAGCCAGCACAGCCAUCUGCCAGGUCCUGAAAACAGACAGACUGGGCCCUCAAGGGCUCUGGCCCAGACCUUCCCACCACCCAUUGCUGCUGGUGAAAGCAACUCUGUAACAUGCAACUGUGGCCAGGAGGCCGUGCUGCUCACUGUCCGUAAGGAAGGCCCCAACCAGGGCCGGCAGUUCUAUAAGUGCAACGGGGGUGGCUGCAACUUCUUCCUAUGGGCAGACAGCAGCCAUCCAGGAGCAGGAGGACCUCCCGCCUUGGCAUCAAGACCUGCAGGCAGCUCACUGGGACACCAUGCGGGCCCAGGGAGCCACCUGGGUGGGUUUGGAAGCCCUGGAGAUGGCAGUGGGGGUGGUGCGUCCUGCCUGUGCAGCCAGCCCGCCGUCACACGGACUGUGCAGAAGGACGGGCCCAACAAGGGGCGCCAGUUCCACACGUGCGCCAAGCCAAGAGAGCAGCAGUGUGGCUUCUUCCAAUGGGUCGAUGAGAACGCAGCCCCAGGGACUUUUGGAGCCCCCUACUGGCCAGGAGACAGAGGAAGAACCCAGGGGCCAGAGGCCAGAAGCAAAAGACCCCGGGUCAAUUCCUCAGACAUGGGGUCCUCGGCAAAGAAACCUCGGAAAUGCAGCCUUUGCCACCAGCCUGGACACACCCGUCCCUUCUGUCCUCAGAACAGAUGAGGGCAGGGUAGGGUAGAGAGUGCCACUUUCUCAUAUCUGCCCCUGUUGUGUCAGGAAGUUAGUUAACCAGGACCAGGUAGCUAUUUGUUGUCCUGGAAACUUUGAGGAAAGUGUUAGCCUUUGGAAUCAGGCCUUCCUGUGUCUAGGAGCACAAGGUCCAGACAUUCAAGCAGACCAUCUCUGCUGGGCAGUGGCCCUGUGCCUGGGGCUGAGGAAUGACAUGGUCACUGUUGAGAAGUCAUGCGGCUCUUCCAUCUGACCCCACGUGCACGGUUGCCUGGGUGUAGCCCACCGUGUUGCAAAGUGAGACGUGCCCGGGCCUGCUUCCUUCACCCCGAAAAGCUGCCUGAGUGACCAGCAAGCAAUCCAUGUGCAGGCUCUGGACAGGCUUCUCCACAGACAGCGCAAGAAGGGGUUGCGUGCAAGGACAUGGCUGUUCUAACACUGAUUAUGCAGAAGCUUCUUUCUCUCUUCAUAUGGUAGCCAGAACACCCAGAGUUCAUGUGCCUUAAUAAAGAAUCUGACCCCUUUUA